AUGGAGGUGGAGGAGGAGGAAAGACGCUCUCCACACGAUCAUGUGGAUCGGUGUGUUCCCGAGAGCUUCUUUGAUCGCGUAACGCAAGGGUUACGCGACGAUCUCGAGCAUGAGCGGAAUAGGCGUCUCCAGAUGGUGGACACUGCCUCGAAGCAUCGAGCUGAGUUUGCCUUUGCUCAGCUUGAGAACGAGGAGAUCUCUGACAUCUCUUCGUGA